UCCUCUGUCCUUCGUAAUUAGACGAUCGUAUAAACGGCCCCAUUUAUUUAUUAGACGCGGGGCUUCCAAGGCCUCUAUUCCUACCUCUUUCAGUUAUUCCAUUGAAGCGCACUCAACGUUCUCCAUUGAAGCGCAGUUGACGUUCUCCGUUGAAUCUAUUUCUUGUAUCCCCCAUUGAAGCAGCUUCUAAGUUUCCGGUGUGUUCUGUUGGCUCUGUGCAUAAGCUAGAUUCUUCAAAAUUAGUAUGUCUGAGGCAAAUGAAAAGAAGACUGAACAAGUGUGCAGCUUUGUUAAAAAACCAAUGGGGAACAAAAAUAUGAGAAAACGACCGAUAGUUGACGCUGGAGAUGGCGAUAAAGGGGAGAGUUUUUUGACACACUCUGCUAAAAGGCCUGUUACUGGGACAUCCAAGCGGACAGUGUCUGAAGAAUCAACCAAGGAUGAAAAAAAUGUGCUGUUUCAAUAUGAGUCUUCCAAAGAGAUUCAGGUGCAGAAUGAUAGCAAAGCGACAGCUACUCUUGAAACUGAGACAGACUUCUCAAGAGACUCCAGGGCUAUUCGAGAGCGAGCUCUCAUGAAAGCUGCGGAGGCGUUGAAGGGAAAAAUCAACAAGACAUCUGGUGAUGAAAAGGUAUAUAAGGGUAUGAAUAGUUACACUGAUCACAGAGCAGGUUUCCGGCGUGAGCAAACUGUUGCUGCUGAGAAAGCUGGUGGGGCUCACGGACCUCUCAGGGCCUCAGCUCAUAUUAGAGUAUCUGCUAGAUUUGACUACCAACCAGACAUUUGUAAGGACUACAAAGAAACUGGCUACUGUGGCUAUGGUGACUCAUGUAAGUUUAUGCAUGAUCGGGGUGAUUAUAAGUCUGGAUGGCAGAUGGAAAAAGAAUGGGAUGAAGCAGAAAAGGCUAGAAAGAGAAAUUUAGCUAUGGGAUGUCAUGACAGUGAUGAGGAUGAUGUUGAUCAUGACGCGGAAGAUGACGAUGAUUCCUUGCCAUUUGCCUGUUUCAUUUGUAGGGAACCUUUUGUCGACCCAGUAAUGACGAAAUGCAAGCACUACUUCUGUGAGCAUUGUGCUUUAAAGCAUCAUGCCAAGAACAAAAAGUGUUUCGUCUGCAACCAGCCUACCCUAGGAAUCUUUAAUACUGCUCAUGAGAUACGUAAAAGGGCAGCAGCAGAAAAAAAAUGAAGAGUUUGUCAAUCUACCCUCUUAUUCUGUACUUUAGACUAGUAUACUGCUGGAAAUUUCACUUCGGAUUUUCUAGCUACAUGGCAAAACAGUAGUUUUCAAAGAGCUGUCUUCAUUUGUUUUAGGAUAUACUUCUGGAAAAAAUAUAUUUGUCACUGUAAUCCAUAAUGGGCUUUGAUUAUGUAAAUGGAUUUUGGCAUGUGCUUAACUUAAGCAACUAUUAAUGGAAAAACAGAGAGUACUUUGUGUUAAAGAGGCAUAUUGGCUCUUGCAACUGCUGCUCAACUUUCAGUAUGGAUGAUCACCAUAUACCAUGGUUGUAAUUUUUCGACAAGCGAGUAGAUCUGCAUCCUGUGUUUUUUACAUGUUCAAAUAGCUGGAAGCUGAUUUGAUCAAAGUCAAUUGGAAAAAAAUCAGUUGCUUUUACUUCAAUUUUGGUGAAAUGUAUGCUUUUUUGGCUUGAAGGGUUGAAGUUUUUGGUUGAAGACCGUUCGAAGUUAAUAGUUGAAAUUUUUGAGUUAGAAAAAUUCCGUAAACAGAUAAAGUUCUAAAAUUAUAGUAAGAUCUCAAAUUCUAUAA